UUUCAAAGAAGUUCUAUUUUAAUUCGCAUUGCUGUCAAUAUGAUAUGUUGCGCGAGUCAUAAGCACAACGUCAUAACUGAUACGCGAGCAUGCGACUAAUCAGUACAGAUUAACUGGAGUGAAUAGACAACAUCCGUCAGUGUCUCGACAACAUUCGUCGGUUUCUGCGGCAGGUAAACUUGAAGCGAGUUGUUUCAGUUACCUGUUACUUCGAAUUUACUGUAGCACUCCAAGUAUUUUGCUUUCUCCGGUACUUCGUUGUGCAUAACUGCUACGUAAUAGCGCAAGUCGACAUAUCGCAUGAAAUAUGGCGUCGUUAUCAAUAUUGAGCAAAGAUGUGCCUGAUAUCGAAAAUCUGCUAAAUAUUAACCCGAGAAUAAAGAAUUACACAAACUUUGCACCAUCCGCGCGCACCAAACAGAACAAACAGCAUUGGAAGAGGAAUAUCUACGAUAAAUGUGAUGGUUGCGCACCUUUGACGAAGAACUUUGAUGACAUCAAGCAUACCACUCUGAGCGAGCGUGGUGCUUUGAAAGAAGCGGCGCGUUGCUUAAAGUGCGUCGACGCACCCUGCCAAAAAUCCUGCCCGACGCAAUUGGAUAUCAAGUCCUUCAUCACUUCCAUAUCCAAUAAGAAUUAUUAUGGCGCGGCUAAGGCGAUUCUCUCGGACAACCCACUUGGUCUCACCUGCGGCAUGGUUUGCCCGACCAGCGACCUUUGCGUGGGCGGAUGCAAUCUCUACGCGACGGAGGAGGGACCUAUUAACAUCGGCGGUCUUCAACACUUCGCAGUAGAUAUUUUUAAACGAAUGAAUAUCCCGCAAAUUAGAAUACCUAAUCAAACGGUAUCUCAUGCAAAUACGAAGAUCGCUCUGCUCGGUUGUGGGCCAGCCUCUCUUUCCUGCGCAACGUUUCUCGCUCGACUUGGCUACGAUGAUAUUACUAUCUUCGAGAAGGAAAAGUACAUCGGCGGAUUAAGCUCUUCCGAAAUACCGCAGUACAGACUUCCGUAUGAUGUCGUCAAUUUUGAGGUGGAUCUCGUCAGGGAUCUAGGCGUGAAGAUUGAGUUAGGAAGAUCACUAUGCGAAGACGAUCUCACGAUUCAGGGACUGCAAAAUGUUGGAUACAAAGCGAUUUUUCUAGGAAUCGGGUUACCUGAACCGAAGAGUAUACCAAUUUUCGAAAAUCUCACUCCAGAGAUGGGUUUCUAUACUUCGAAAAGUUUCUUACCUGCCGUUGCAAAAAGCAGCAAACUGGGAAUGUGUGCUUGCAAAAGUUAUCAGGAACUGCCAUCUCUCCGUGGCAACGUAAUCGUCCUCGGUGCAGGAGACACCGCUUUCGAUUGCGCCACUUCCGCGCUUAGAUGUGGAGCCAAGAAGGUGUUUGUCGUUUUCCGAAAAGGUUUCACCAAUAUCCGAGCGGUUCCAGAAGAGGUUGAUUUAGCGAAAGAGGAGAAAUGCGAAUUCAUAUCCUUCCAAUCGCCGAAACGAGUCAUCCUCCGUAACAAGAAAAUCACCGGAAUCGAGUUUUGUCGGACCGAGCAAAAUGAGAACGGCGAAUGGAUAGAGGACGAAGAACAAAUGUUUAAAUUAAAAGCGGACUUUGUGAUUUCAGCUUUCGGUUCAGGAUUGUAUAACAGUUCUGUUAAGCGUGCUAUGGCACCAGUCAAGAUAAACAAGUGGAAUCUACCAGAAGUGAACGAGGCUACGAUGACAACAUCCGUAUCAGGUGUUUUCUGCGGGGGAGACCUUGCUGGUGUCUCUCAGACAACUGUGGAGUCCGUGAAUGACGGAAAGACAGCUGCAUGGUACAUUCAUAAGUACAUACAGGAAUCUCACGGCUCAGUGGUACCGGAAAUUCCGCAAUUACCCAAGUUCCACACUGCCAUUGACGAGGUCGAUCUCAGCGUCGAAAUGUGCGGGAUGAGAUUCGAGAAUCCUUUCGGUCUGGCUUCUGCACCACCUUGCACGAGCAGCGCGAUGAUCCGACGCGCUUUCGAAGCUGGUUGGGCCUUCGCCGUCACGAAGACGUUCUCCUUGGACAAAGACCUUGUUACCAAUGUGUCGCCCCGCAUCGUCAAAGGCACGACGUCUGGUCAUUAUUAUGGACCUGGACAAAGCAGCUUUUUAAACAUCGAGCUAAUAUCCGAGAAAACCGCCGAUUAUUGGUGUGGAAGUAUUACUGAAUUGAAACGGGACUUCCCUACGAAGAUCGUUAUUGCAAGUAUCAUGUGCACGUAUAAUAAAGCUGAUUGGACCGAGCUUGCGAGAAAAGCGGAAGUAGCCGGUUCUGAUGCCUUGGAAUUAAAUCUGUCUUGUCCUCAUGGCAUGGGCGAGUCCGGAAUGGGUCUGGCUUGCGGACAGGAUUCUGAACUGGUUAGGAACAUCUCCAGAUGGGUUCGCGAGGCCAUCAAAAUACCAUUCUUCGUGAAAUUAACACCUAAUAUCACUGACAUCGUCUCCAUCGCAAAAGCAGCUUACGAGGGUAAAGCGGAUGGUGUGUCUGCGAUCAACACCGUGCAAGGAUUGAUGGGAUUGCGUUCCACCGGGAUACCGUGGCCGGCGGUCGACUCCAAAUUCACUACGUACGGCGGAGUGUCAGGCAACGCUACCAGGCCCCAAGCUCUGAGGGCUGUCUCGACAAUCUCGAAGCAGCUACCGGGAUUCUCGAUACUCGGGAUUGGAGGUAUCGACUCGGCCGAUGUCGCUCUGCAGUUUUUGCAUUGCGGUGCAUCGGUCAUUCAGAUUGGCAGCGCUAUUCAGAACCAAGAUUUUACCUUGAUAGACGAUUAUGUAACCGGCUUGAAAACGUUACUGUACCUGAAAAGCCUGGCACACAUAAAGGACUGGGACGGUCAGAGUCCACCGACGUUCAAACAUCAAAAAGGCAAGCCUGUCUCCUUGCAACACGCUCUCGGCAAAAAUGUACCUUACUUCGGCGAGUAUCAGAAGCUGCGCGAGAAGAAAAUAGCCGAGCUGAAAGUAAAUUCGAAUCUUCUGGACGGAGUUCUGGAGGUAACACGACCAGCUUCAGCACCGAUCGCGUCGAUACCCAGCGUUAAAGAUGUAAUCGGCAAAACGUUAGAUAACAUCAGCAGCUACAAAGAAUUAGACAACAAAAAGCAAGUCGUCGCUUUGAUCGAUGAUGAUAUGUGCAUCAACUGCGGAAAGUGCUAUAUGGCCUGCGCGGAUUCUGGAUAUCAAGCUAUCACCUUCGAUUCCGACACCCAUAUCCCCAAGGUGACAGACGAUUGUACCGGCUGCACACUUUGUUUGUCCGUUUGUCCGAUUAUCGACUGCAUCACCAUGGUUCCUAAAACAAUACCGCACUACAUUAAAAGAGGCGUGCCGCUGAAAGACACGAUUGAGUUAUAUUAAACGAAAAUUUUAAGUAACAUCAAGAAACGUUGGAUGUUUCAUAUUAAAGUUGGUGAUGUAUGUUUUUCCCAAAUGUUACUUACGGAAUGAUUGAAAUUUAAGUAUGGAAUGUUGAUAAAUAAACAAAAGAGUAAUAUAUAAAGGAAAAAAAUAU